AUGCCCUCCAUCAUCCCCGAACUGGGGCCCUACCGGGUGGUCGCCCACCCCUCCCCUCUCCCGAAGGGAGCGCUCAUCCCGUAUAUGCGCGUGAUCGACGUGCUCCCCUACGGCCUCAUCAACACGCGCAUAGCCUACUGUCACAACGACCCGGACGUCCCCUUCGAUUGGGAAGGCGCCAAGCUCUACCUGCUAGCAGCGUUCCGGGAGCGACGCGUCGAGGACCCCGACGCCAUCGGCUUCAGCGGCACGAUCUUCUGCAACGAUUGGUGUCGCCAGUACUACUGGCUCUGCAUGGUCUGA